AUGGAGUAUGGAAGAGGCGGAGGGGGUGGAUUACCCGUCUUUAGAGGAGCUCGAAUGCAAAGGGGGUAUGGAUUAGGCAGUAUGUUAAAAGGGCUUCUCCGAUCUGCCAUCCCCAUCGUUAAAUCGGGAGGGAAAUUACUUGGCAAGAAAGCAUGGCAGACCGGGUUGAAUGUGGUGCGUGACGUGGCUAAUGGGAAAUCCCUGGCAUCUGCCACCACAUCCAAUCUCAAAAAGUUGGGUCAGCAAUUCACUUCCAAUUCAUCAGGCAGGGUGAAAAAAAAGGUUAAAAGGAAGCGUCCCAAGAAGGACCCCGUCAGAUCCACGGAGGAGUACACGGACCUCUCGCAAACUCUCAUCCAUCUGCAAGUAAAAGUUGUGAAUGGAGAUGGUACACCACUGGCUGAAGAUGCCCAAGUUGGCCCGACCAACAUGUUUUUACACUCCCUGUUUAGCGACGUGGACUUGAUGCUGAAUGACAGACUCAUCACCCCAUCCACAAACACGUACGCCUACAGGGCAGCCCUGGAGACAUUGCUUACGUACGGGCCUGAAGCCAAAGAAUCUCAGCUAACAUCCGCCCUCUUUUACAAGGACACGCCCGGUCACAUGGACGAUGGGAAUCCCCUACGUGAGGAUGCGGGUAAUAUGGGUUUGAAAGAAAGACAUCGCUUCAUCAAAGGGAGCAAGACCGUUGACAUGGUGGGUCUUCUUCAUCUCGAUAUGGUCUUUCAAGACAAACUGCUCCUGGGUGGCGUGGAUAUUAAACUUAAACUCAAUCGCAGCAAGAACAGCUUCAGUCUGAUGUCAUCCGUCCAGAACGCCGAAUACAAAGUCAUCAUCACCAGCGCCUCAUUGCAUGUGAGAAGAGUCAAAUUGAGCCCAGAGACAUCCCUUCUCCACGCCAAGACGUUAGAAACGCAGACAGCCAAGUAUCCUAUCCGCCGAUCCGAGGUCAAAACAUUUUCUAUACCACGAGGGAACCUGUCAUUCACGAGAGAAAGCCUCAUCCUGGGGCAGAUGCCCAAACGCCUCGUCAUUGGGUGCGUCAGUAACACAGCUUUCAACGGAAACUACGCAAAAAAUCCAUUCAACUUUCAUCAUUACGACCUGAACUUCUUGGCACUGUACGCAGACUCUGAGCAAAUACCAUGGAAACCCAUCCGCCCCAACUUUUCAGCACCUGACCCCAACUACAUCUUGGCAUACCAGACACUCUUUUCAGGCAUCAACUCUAUGUUUCAUGACAAAGGGAAUCAGAUUACCAGAACCGACUACGACAAGGGAUACACGCUGUACGCGUUUGACAUGACACCCGAUCUAUCUACGGGAGAUUGUUUCAACUUGCGUAAACAUGGCAACGUUCGACUAGAGAUGCAAUUUGCGAGAGAACUACCAGAAACAGUGAAUGUGAUGGUCUAUGCAGAAUAUGAAAGCGUGAUAGAAAUAGACAGAAACCGCAACGUCAUCAUCGACUUUGGGGGUUAA